GGCCUUAAUCACGUGUGGACAAUACGAUCUAGCGCAACGUCUUGAGCACGUUGCCUGAACCAUCGGCAAGCAAGAGCGAAGCAGAAUAUUUGAAACGCAGCUUUGUUCGGAGUCGCAAUUUGUUUAAAAAUGAGACAUUUUCUCAAAGCAUUCCUCCCUUUCCGCUUCACAUACCAUGGCACCAACAAGAGACUCUACUCUCCAAAACUUGGCAGUCUUUGACUUUGACUGGUCGAUGAUCGAACAAGACAGUGACGACUGGACGAUAAACUCGUUAUCACCUGAAAUCUACGACUGGGUACGAGAGAAAAGAAAAGACAUACAAUGGACAGAUCUUAUGGGUCAAGCGUUGUCACACCUUCAUGACAAAGGUUUCACACCAAAUGAUAUUCAGCGGGCUCUGGAACAGAUUCCAUUUCACCCUGCUAUGAAGGAGGUUCUUCGUAGUUUAUCCGGAAAUAACACUACCGUUUUGAUCCUCUCGGAUGCCAAUACAGUUUACAUUGAAAGCAUUUUGAAAGCAAAUGGUGUCCGCCAAUAUGUCAGCAGCAUAGUAACCAACCCAGCACAGUUUGAUGCUGAGGGGAGAUUAGUUAUCGAUAGGCUGAUACCAGAGAAUGCUAAGCCUCAUGGAUGUGGUAAUGGAUGUGCGGUCAACAUUUGCAAAGGGCUGGAGUUGAACAAGUAUCUAGAGGAAUACGGCCCUUUUAACAGAAUUAUGUAUGUUGGAGACGAAUGAUUAUUGCCCUGCUACUCAACUGCAUGGAG